CGGGAGUCGCAUCCUACCUGGUCAGGAGGUGUAUCGCCUUCCCACACUUUCCCUUCUCGUGCUCCUUCCCCGGGCGGCAGCUGAGGUGGGAGGAAAAGUCCUGGCGUGAAGAAUUCAGCGGAAACGAAAAAGCGAUUCUGAUGGGUUCUUGGAGAGCUUUUCUCUUCUCCCCUCUUCUUCUGUGGAGUCCAAGUAGAGGCGUGAGGCUGAUGUUCUUGUUGCUGACCCUGCAUUUGGGAAGCUGUGUUGAUAAAGCAGAUGAUGAAGACGAUGAGGAUUUAACAGUGAACAAAACCUGGGUCCUGGCACCAAAGAUUCAUGAAGGGGAUAUAACACAAAUUCUCAACUCAUUGCUGCAAGGCUAUGACAAUAAACUUCGCCCAGAUAUAGGAGUGAGGCCCACAGUAAUUGAAACUGAUAUUUAUGUAAACAGCAUUGGACCAGUUGAUCCCAUAAAUAUGGAAUACACAAUUGAUAUUAUUUUUGCCCAAACCUGGUUUGAUAGUCGUUUAAAAUUCAAUAGUACCAUGAAAGUGCUUGUACUUAACAGUAACAUGGUUGGGAAAAUUUGGAUUCCUGAUACUUUCUUCAGAAAUUCAAGAAAAUCUGAUGCUCAUUGGAUAACGACUCCUAAUCGUCUGCUUCGAAUUUGGAAUGACGGGCGAGUCCUAUAUACUUUAAGAUUGACAAUUAAUGCAGAAUGUUAUCUUCAGCUUCAUAACUUUCCUAUGGAUGAACAUUCCUGUCCACUAGAAUUUUCAAGCUAUGGAUACCCUAAAAAUGAAAUUGAAUAUAAGUGGAAAAAACCUUCUGUAGAAGUGGCUGAUCCUAAAUAUUGGAGAUUAUAUCAGUUUGCAUUUGUAGGGUUGCGGAACUCAACUGAAAUUUAUCACACAAUCUCUGGGGAUUAUGUUAUCAUGACAAUUUUUUUUGACCUGAGCAGACGAAUGGGAUAUUUCACUAUUCAGACCUACAUCCCAUGUAUUCUGACAGUUGUUCUUUCUUGGGUGUCUUUCUGGAUCAAUAAAGAUGCAGUACCUGCAAGAACCUCACUGGGCAUUACCACAGUUCUGACCAUGACCACUCUGAGUACCAUAGCCAGGAAGUCCUUGCCUAAGGUUUCCUACGUGACGGCGAUGGAUCUCUUUGUUUCCGUGUGUUUCAUUUUCGUUUUUGCAGCCUUGAUGGAAUAUGGCACCUUGCACUAUUUUACCAGCAACGAGCGAGCAAAGGCUGCUAGAGACAGAAAGCUAAAGCACAAGGCCUCGAUAUCUCCUGGACUCCAUCUUGGAUCCACUCUGAUUCCAAUGAAUAGCAUUUCUCUGCCACAAGCUGAAGACGAUCACGGGUACCAGUGUCUGGAGGGCAAAGACUGUGCCAGCUUCUUCUGCUGCUUUGAGGACUGCAGGACAGGGUCCUGGAGGAAAGGGCGGAUCCACAUCCGCAUUGCCAAAAUCGACUCUUAUUCGCGAAUAUUUUUCCCAACAGCCUUUGCGCUGUUCAAUCUGGUUUAUUGGGUUGCCUAUCUUUACUUAUAAGUUCUACUUGCUAAGAAAAAGCAUAAGAAAUUUGACUAAAUCCAAUAUAAUCUAUUGUACUUCAGUAACAUGAAGUUUAAAUGUAAAAUUCAGAGAAACCAAUGACCAAAAUGUGAGUAUUAUUGUAAUCAUUUUAAGACUUUCAUAGGUCGGUAAAGUAGCAAUUUGCAUAUUAAGUUACUUAAAUUUAGGUAACACAGAUUUCUUGUAAAAUGCAAUCUAUUAAAAUACUCAUAUAUUUUUACUUAAAUUUUAUUUAUUUUACUUAAAUCACAUUAGGAUUUUGGAC